GCUGGGAAUCAACCCAGGGUCCUCUCCAAGAGCAGCCAGUGCUCUUAACUGCUGAUCCAUCUCUCCAGCCCCAUUUUGUUUUUGUUCUUGUUUCUGGGGAUUAAACGCAUAGCCUCCUUCUCACUAGGCAAGUGCUUACCACUGAACGAUAUCCUAGCCUGGUUCAUAUUUAUUUCCCAAGAGGGCCUCACUAAAUCACCCAGACUGAUCUGAACUCACUUUGUAGCCUGGGCUGUCCUUGAAUUUACUUCAACCUCCCAAAUAACUGGGAUUAGAUGUCUGAAACCCCAAGCCUGUCCUGCCUCCAAACGUGGUGAAGGAGGAGGAGGGAGGAGAAGAGGGACUGGCAUCUUGCUAUAAUGCAAAUCUUUUUUUGUUUUUAAGUAUUUUAUUUUUAUGUAUAUGAGUGUAUUGCCUGCAUGUAUGUGAGUGCACCCGUGUCGUGGGGAGGUCAGAAGAAGCAUUCGGAUUCCCCUGGAAAUGGAAUUAAGGAUGGUUCAUAGCCUCCAUGUGGGUGCUGGGAAUCGAACCCCGGCCCUCAGCAAAAGCAAUCAGUGUUCUUAACCACUGAGCCAUCUCUCCAGCCCCCUAUAAUGCAAAUCUUUUUGUUUAAAGCUCCUCAACUUUCCAGUUGCCUGAAUAAAAAAAAAAUUCCAAAUUCUCUGUCAUGGUCCAGUUUGUAAUUUUUCAGUGUUUCUACUACCCCAGCUGUCCCCUGCAGGCACUUUAAUGGCAGGCUUAGUUCUUUUCCUGCUUCAGGGGCCUUACAGUUCCCAAGGUGGGGGGGUGGGAGACCAAGAACUGCUACAACUCCCUUCCAAGGUUCUAAUUGGUCUAUUUUCCCAAGCCGCCAUUCCCCUUUGUUUUCUGUCCUGUUCAUUUCUUUGGAGCAUUAUUCCUGACUAGACGUUUAUUUGUGUGUACUCACAGCUAUUCAUUUACUAUAAUAAGACAGACCCUCAUCCUGCUAGUUUAGUCUCCAGGAGGCAGGGUGAUGGGAGAAUCUGACUCCUCUCAACUCCCCUACACUGUGUUCUCCCUACACUGUCUGGCACAUAGUAGGCACACGUGUUAGUGAUCUACUUUAGGUUAGUGAGUUAAAGUAAGCAGUAGCUGAGUCGGAACAAUACCCCAAUAGGAGAAAGUGCUUCUAGAGGCCCUUCCGGGUUGGUUGACUCAGAUUUCCUCCCCCCUAAGGAAUGCCGUCGACUUCAAGACAUUGGGGCUUGGGGGACUUCUAGCCGGUGGCUGAACCUUGCUCAAAACCCAGCCUGUAGGAGCCCCACCUCUCCCCUAGGCGGCGCUUUAGGUCGUAAUCUUAGAGUACUUCUGAGGCAUCACGGAACUUGUAGUCUCUGCGUGCUUACAUCCAGCGCGUUUGCGCUCUCUGGAGGCGUGCGCCCUCUACCAUCAGGAUUCCGGGUCCUUGUGAGGCGUUCCAUUCGAAUACACUUUUCUCGUCCACCAAGGACAAGCUGCAUCGGGAAAAUAAUCUGCUCUUAGGGUGAUGUCGCGGUGGCCUGGAAAGCUGCCGGAAUAAGCACGCCCCCCCGCCCCGGAAGUGAGCGGCUUCUGGCGCUGUGCAUUGUGGGGGGCGUAGUCUUCUUUUCCAGGCGGUCCUUCGCGGCGUCCCCGGGGCCGACUCCGGAGCGCAGGCGGGCGGCCGGGUGGGUAGCGCGGCACGGGCGGUCGGCAAGAAUAUUCUGGGCACCGUGCUCCAGUCCAGGAGCACUACGCCGAGCGGCAACAGUGAGAAGCCGCUAAGGGCCUCGCGCGGCGCCUCCCGUCGAGGAGCUGGAGUUAGGGGCCAGACCCGACCGUCGAAGAGCGCCAGAGGCUGGUGGGCCGGGCCGGGCCGCGCGUCGCAGCCAUGCCUGGUUUUACGUGCUGCGUACCGGGCUGCUACAACAACUCUCAUCGGGACAAGGCGCUGCACUUCUACACGUUCCCCAAGGACGCUGAGCUGCGGCGUCUCUGGCUCAAGAACGUGUCCCGUGCUGGCGUCAGUGGGUGCUUUUCCACCUUCCAGCCCACCACGGGCCACCGUCUCUGCAGCGUUCACUUCCAGGGCGGCCGCAAGACCUAUACGGUGCGCGUUCCCACCAUUUUCCCGUUGCGCGGCGUCAAUGAGCGCAAAGUAGCGCGCAGACCCGCGGGGGCUGCCGCAGCCCGCCGUAGACAACAGCAGCAGCAACAGCAGCAGCAGCAGCAGCAACAACAACAAUCGUCGCCGUCCACCUCUACUGCCCAGACUACCCAGUUGCAGCCGAACCUGGUGUCUGCCUCUGCGGCUGUGCUUCUUACCCUUCAGGCCGCUGUAGACAGCAGCCAAGCUCCGGGAUCCGUGCCUCCGGCACCCACCACUCCCGCAGGAGAUGAUGUGAAGCCUAUUGACCUUACAGUGCAAGUAGAGUUCGCAGCCGCAGAGGGCGCAGCCGCUGCCGCCGCCGCGUCAGAGCUAGAGGCUGCUACAGCGGGGCUGGAGGCCGCUGAGUGCGCUCUGGGCCCUCAGUUGGUGGUAGUAGGGGAAGAGGGCUUCCCUGAUACUGGCUCCGACCACUCGUACUCAUUGUCGUCAGGCACCACGGAGGAGGAGCUUCUCCGCAAGCUGAAUGAGCAGCGGGACAUCCUAGCCCUGAUGGAAGUGAAGAUGAAAGAGAUGAAGGGUAGCAUCCGCCAUCUGCGUCUUACCGAAGCCAAGCUGCGCGAAGAACUUCGUGAGAAGGAUCGCCUGCUUGCCAUGGCUGUCAUCCGUAAGAAGCACGGAAUGUGAGUGGGUGCCCCAAGCAGAACUCGUGACUCCUAGCCCAAGGAAUCCUCUGGCGGAUGUUGAACUUCCCAAUAUUCUGGUUGACAGUGCUGAGGCUUAGGGCAACUGGACUCUCUUGCUGGUAAUCUGGCAUCUUCGUUUGUUUCGUCCUGAAGUAGGAGUUGGCCUCAGACUCAGUCUGGUGACACGAGCAAUUAUGACUUUGUCUGCUCUCCUUCCCCAGUUUAUGUUGCAGAUUCUGGUUAAACAAAAACUUCAGAACCUCUGUACUUGAAACAUCCUGGAGGGAUGCAGGUGGGAUUCCUAGGGACUGUGGGUUUGGGAAAACCACACCUUAAGGUUGGCCAGCAAUCAGAGACUUUGCUGUGUGUAGUGAUAAAAAAAGAGAUCUAAGUAACAUCAGUUCUCCUUUCAUGCAUACCUUUUUCAGGCACAGCCUGUGAUUCUGAUGGGGACUAGUUGAUCUGUGCCUCUGCCUCCCUAGGACCUCCCUACCCAGAAGGUCAUUUAUGAGACGGCUCUGGGUGACCUGCUGAUGGAGAUCCAGCAUACCAGGGACUUAGGUUUAUCUCGUUAUGUUUGCUACUGGUUACAAAUUCUAUUUUCUGUACAAUUAGACUAAAGUUUUCACUGUGUUUGUUUGGCAAAACAAAUUAAACGAAAAAAAAUAAGGUUUUUA